AACACCAGCCGCCAGGGAAAUCCACCACCGUCAUCCUCAUCAGCCCACUUAGGGCUGAAAAAGUCACUUACAUGCUCUGCAUUCAUUUGAGAGUUACUUAUGCUUACUCUAAAAUGGUUUAUUGUGUUACUGUAGCUAAUGAGUUGUACAGCGAUUUGCCUUGAUAAAAAGUUGUCUCCGAGAUUUAGAUAAGUGUACAUCAUCCUAUUGUUAUGAUUAGAUUAGAGAAAGUCUAAAAUUUUUCCAAAAUUUUAACCCAGUAUUAACACCUGGUAGAUAACAGUUUGCCUCACUUAUAUUAAUGUGUCCUGUGUAAAUAGUUUCUAUUCCUUCUUUCUCACAUAAGCGAUUAUUGACUGCAUGAUCCUAAUUCUUCUUGCUCCUAUGUCUCUAAAAGCUACAUCUUUUGAACUUGUCUAUUGUACAGGAGUGAAUGAUGUAAAUAAUCUUAAUGUGCAUUACAGAGAUUUAGCCUUUAUGAUUUGGGGGGAGGUAUUUUUCCUGAGCCAUUCCAGUAUAGAAAUGUAUGAAUAUAUUUUUUAUUUUAUAUGUAAAUAAUUUAUCUUCCAUUUAUAGCAACAUAUAAGUAUGUUGCAUACAUAUUAUAUCAUUUAAAUGUGUCUGUAUGACAAACAGCCCCUAAUAAAUGAUUUAUGAAUGACAAAAAUGCUUCCAAAUUUUAGGCCACAGAUUCCCAAUUGCGUAUAAUGUAUAGACAAUGGCUUCCAUUUGAAAAGCACAUAGCUUCAGGCAAAAAAAUAGGAAUUUUUUUCUAAAAUUGAUAUUAUAAUGAAGUUCCAAAUAAGCAACUGUCACCAACAAAAUUCUGUGCUACAUAAAAACUGUGUUCUCUCAGGCUCACAUAUCUGCAAAUUUCAUGUACAGAGAAAUGUUAUAUAAUAAGCCAUGUGUUUAUUAAGACACUGCAAUACAGAAAACAAAAGGUAUGUUUUGGAGGAUGGGAUUUGGAAUUCAUCCGGUGGUUGGCUAUGACGCUGUGCAUUGCAAUGUUCCAUCCAGAAACUGGCUGGAGAGGGAGAGGCAGGAGACCAGCCAUGGCGCUGGGAGCUCUGCAAGAGUGGGGCCUCCAUGUGCUGCUGUGCUUUAACUGGUUCUUAACUUUUUUUUAAAGUUUAAGGAGUAUUAUCAGGAUCUUCAGCCAAAAAUACAAAGCAGUGAGAGUACAUCAAUUUAGGUACUAACCUGUUCGAUUUAGCCUCUACUCAAUAUUAUAGAAACCAUCGAAAUAGGAUUCAGAGCAAGUUUCCUAAGUUUAGUAACACAGAUGUCUAAUGGCUUUUAAUAAGGAUUCUCCUGCUUUUAACAUCAAUUAUAAUACAUUAUAACAGCAGUAUUAAGAUGGUAAUUACAAAGAUCCACCAAACUUGAUUUGGGCAAGGAGGCAAAAACAUUCUCAAAUCAUUCACCAGACGUCCACAAAGGCUCUGAAGCUUUGGGCAGGCCUGUGCCUCAGGUUUUAUGAAUGUCGAUUUUUCUCUUUACAUAGAAGAUCUCCAAGAUAUGGUGGGAUAUGAUCUGAGAGUGAUUUUUUCCAACAGCUUAGAGAAGUACCUAAGCAAUAAGCACAAUCCUUGUAAUGAACUGUUUAUUGAUUUUAGGACAUAUGUGGUAUGGCUAUAAGUAAUGAAAUUAGGUUUAUUCCAGGUCAUUUGACAACAUAUCUGUUUUUAAGUGAAAUCAGAAGUAAGCAAUUAGUUGUUCUUUAUGUUUCAAGCUUGUGUAAAAGGUGUUUGGUUUAAAAUACGUAGGAAAAGUUCACAAAUUAUGGUUCUUUGUAUAUGUGCACGUGUGUUUAUGUGUAUUUAGCUAUAAGGUAAUCUUAACUAAAUGAUCUUACUAACGUUUUGCCUCAUUUGCAUGAUGCUCAGCGCUGUGCUGUGGACAGUCAUGCUCACAGCCCUGAGCUCAACCUCUCAACUAAGCUGAUUCCUUUCAAUCAGAAAAGGUAUCUACUGGAUGUCUUCUAUGUCAUUAGCACCAGGUUGCAUGUUGUAAAAAAAUAUAAAAGAAACAUGUAUAUAACCAUCUCCAAGAAGUCUGAGAUACCACUGGGGAUAUAAAAUACUCAAAUAUAAAACAAUCAAAGCCGUACAUUAUUAAGAAACCAAAUAAAGGCCCAUGAAGUGCCGAACACGGUUGAAGCAGAGAGAGGCCAGUGAUUUAACAAUUCUUUCUGGUACUUUACCAGAUAUUUGAUCCUUCUAGAAUAGCCUGCUUCAUGAUCUGUAUAUCCAAACCACUGCACUCUUUGUGUCAGUCACCUUGCUCUGGAAACAUCCAUUCACCAGAAGAGAUCCCUGAGUAGGUCUGAGAACCAAGCCCUGUGCUCGUGCCCAAGAGCAUCAUUUCAGAUGCUGCAUGCAGAGCAGUGUGACAUGUUCUGGCUACUUGAGUCAUGGCCGUAGGAGGAGAGCUGCGCUCCGUGUUUACUUGGCACUGACUCCUACUGCUACCGUGUGGCACGUCUGAUGGCAGAGCAGCAUGCCGCCGCCGGUCAGCUGCCUCCUUUCCUCCUAACCCCUCCUGGGCCCUCGCAUAGAUAAGAGAGUGAUUUUCAGAAACGAAGGAAGAGAGAGAAGACUGAAAGAAUGUACCCUGCCCUCUGACAUCAAUUUUGGAAAUAAAUAAAAACUUGGCAGCUAUAUUACUGCCAUGUGAUUGGAAGUCUUUUAUUAUCACCCAAAGGAAUGAUGUUUACAGGGCACUGUGUGCUUUAACGGGAUGCCUGUGCACUUUUCUCAGAGCCAGAUAACAGUGAAUGGAAACUCCGGAGGUGCUGUGAGUCCCAUGAGUUACUACCAAAGGCCGUUUUCCCCCUCUGCAUACUCCCUCCCAGCCUCACUCAACUCGAGCAUUAUCAUGCAGCAUGGCCGAUCCCUCGAUUCCACAGAGACAUACCCCCAGCAUGCGCAGUCUCUGGACGGCACGACGGGCCCCCUGUACAGAUCCUCAGAGGAAGAGAAGAGAGUGACAGUCAUCAAAGCCCCGCAUUACCCGGGCAUCGGGCCGGUGGAUGAAUCCGGAAUCCCCACAGCAAUUAGAACGACAGUGGACCGCCCCAAGGACUGGUACAAGACAAUGUUUAAGCAAAUUCACAUGGUGCACAAGCCGGAUGAUGACACUGACAUGUAUAAUACUCCUUAUACAUAUAAUGCAGGUCUGUACAACCCACCCUACAGCGCGCAGUCACACCCUGCCGCGAAGACCCAGACCUACAGACCUCUUUCCAAGAGCCACUCUGACAACGGCACCAACGCCUUUAAGGACGCGUCCUCGCCAGUGCCUCCCCCACAUGUUCCACCCCCAGUCCCACCGCUGCGACCAAGAGAUCGGUCUUCCACAGAAAAGCAUGACUGGGAUCCUCCAGACAGAAAAGUGGACACAAGAAAAUUCCGGUCUGAGCCAAGGAGUAUUUUUGAAUAUGAACCUGGCAAGUCAUCAAUUCUGCAGCAUGAAAGACCACCCCCUCUCCCAACAUCUCCGACUCCUGUCCCAAGGGAACCCGGCCGGAAGCCUCUCUCAAUCCCCCGACUCGGAGCGGCCCCCGGCAGCCCCUGCCCUCCGCCCCGGAGCGGCGCCCCCACGCCAGGCCGGUGCGCCCCGGCUGUCUCUCCCAUCCGGACUGAUCGCAUAAAUCCAGAUGACAUAGAUUUAGAAAAUGAGCCCUGGUAUAAAUUCUUUUCAGAACUGGAGUUUGGACGCCCGCCUCCUAAAAAGGCUCUGGACUAUGUUCAAGAUCAUUCUUCUGGUGUUUCCAAUGAGGCCUCCUUGUAUCAGUCCUCUAUAGACAGAAGCCUGGAAAGACCCAGUAGUUCUGCAAGCAUGGCCAGUGACUUCAGGAAACGGAGGAAGAGCGAGCCUGCAGUGGGUCCCCCGAGGGGCCUGGGAGAUCAAGGCGCAAGCAGGAUGAGCCCAGGCCAGGCGGACCUCCCAGGAUCAAGCGCCACCCUUACAAAGCCUUUCAUUAGUUCUUCUCCUUCUUCCCCCUCCAGAGCAAAAGGUGGGGAUGAUAGCAAAAUGUGUCCAUCCCUUUGCAGUUACUCAGGGCUCAACGGCAACCCCUCCAGUGAGUUAGAUUACUGUAGCAAUUACAGACAGCACUUGGACGUCCCGCGGGACUCGCAAAGGGCCAUCACUUUCAAGAAUGGCUGGCAGAUGGCCCGGCAAAACGCAGAAAUCUGGAGCAGCACCGAAGAAGCCGUGUCCCCCAAAAUCAAAUCCCGCAGCUGCGAUGAUCUCCUGAACGACGACGACUGCGACAGCUUCCCGGACCCGAAAGCCAAGUCGGAGAGCAUGGGCUCCCUGCUGUGCGAGGAGGACCCCAAAGAGAACUGCCCCGCGCCCUGGGCUUCCCCCUACAUCCAGGAGGUCCGCGGCGGCACCGGCAGGCCGAGGCUCAGACGCCGGCCCGCCCACAACGCCCCAGGCUUCCUGAAAAUGUACAAGAAGAUGCACCGCAUCAACCGCAAGGACCUGAUGGCCUCGGAGGUGAUCUGCUCGGUGAAGUCGAGGAUCCUGCAGUACGAGGAGGAGCGGCGGCGCUCGGGCCUGCUGCACAGCCUGAGCCAGUCCUCCACCGAGGAGGUGCCCCGGGACAUGGUCCCCACCCGCAUUUCCGAGUUCGAGAAGCUGAUCCAGAAGUCGAAAUCCAUGCCAAACUUAGGGGACGACAUGUUAUCCCCCGUCACCCUGGAGCCGCAGCAGAAUGGUCUCUGUGCCAAGAGGCGCUUUUCCAUCGAGUCUCUGCUGGAGGAAGAAACCCCGAGCAGGCACCCUUCUCAGGGACCGCGCAGCUACGCGUCCGCCGCCCUGGUGCCCAUCCACAUCGAGGUCACCAGCGACGAGCACCCGCGCGCGCACGUGGAGUUCUCCGACAGCGACCAAGACGGGGUCGUGUCUGACCACAGCGACUACAUUCACGUGGAAGGGUCGUCCUUCUGCAGCGAAAGCGACUUCGAUCACUUCUCCUUCACCUCCUCCGAAAGCUUUUACGGAUCCAGCCACCACCACCACCACCACCACCACCACCACCGGCACCUGUUCAGCUCCUGCAAGGGCAGGUGCCCGGCCUCCUACACACGCUUCACCACCAUGCUGAAGCACGAACGGGCCAGGCACGAGAGCGCCGACGAGCCCAGGAGGCACGAGGUGGACCCUGGCCUCUCCAAACUUGCUUUCCUAGUCAGCCCUGUGCCUUUCCGGAGGAAAAGAAAUUCCGCUCCGAAAAAACAGGCCGAAAAGGCAAAAUGCAAAGCGUCUGUGUUUGAGGCCCUGGACUCUGCCCUGAAAGACAUCUGCGACCAAAUUAAGGCGGAGAAGAGAAGGGGGAGCUUGCCCGACAACAGCAUACUGCACCGCCUCAUCAGCGAGCUGCUGCCGGACGUGCCCGAGCGGAACUCGUCCCUGCGGGCGCUGCGCGGGCGCCCCCCGCCCCAGCCCCCGCACCCGCUGCCCCCCGACGGUGCUGCCCGCGGCUCCCCGCGCCGGGGCCAGGCGGGGAGGGUGCCCCACAGUGCCUCUUUCCAAGACGGGGACGCGACCGGCAACAGCUACCACCACCAGGACCGCGAGGGUGCGCUCCAAGACCGUGAGUCCCCGAGAAGUUACUCAUCUACCUUGCCUGACUUGGGGAGAAGUACGCCAAGGGAAAGAAGAGGAACUCCAGAAAAAGAGAAAUUGCCUGCAAAAGCUGUAUAUGAUUUUAAGGCUCAGACAUCUAAGGAGUUGUCAUUUAAGAAAGGAGAUACUGUCUACAUCCUCAGGAAAAUUGAUCAAAAUUGGUACGAGGGCGAGCACCACGGAAGAGUGGGCAUUUUUCCAAUCUCGUAUGUAGAGAAACUCACACCGCCUGAAAAAGCCCAGCCUGCAAGACCACCUCCCCCAGCCCAGCCUGGAGAAAUCGGAGAAGCUAUAGCCAAAUAUAACUUCAACGCAGACACAAAUGUGGAGCUGUCGCUGAGAAAGGGAGACAGAGUUAUUCUUCUUAAAAGAGUUGAUCAAAAUUGGUAUGAAGGUAAAAUCCCAGGAACCAACAGACAAGGCAUCUUCCCAGUUUCCUACGUGGAGGUGGUCAAGAAGAACACAAGAGGUGCUGAGGACUACCCUGACCCUCCCAUACCACACAGCUAUUCUAGUGACAGAAUUCACAGCCUAAGUUCAAACAAGAUACUGGUCUUGAUGCUUAGUUUAAAAAGAAAGGAAACUCUUUUGAGAGUUCAGUGCACUGGGAAUUUCUACCAAUAUUUCUCUUCUAAGCCACAGCGUCCUGUGUUUACUCAUGAAAACAUUCAAGGUGGGGGGGAACCGUUUCAGGCUCUGUAUAACUAUACUCCUAGGAACGAAGAUGAGCUGGAGCUCCGAGAAAGUGACGUCAUAGACGUGAUGGAAAAGUGCGAUGAUGGGUGGUUUGUGGGAACCUCAAGAAGAACCAAAUUCUUUGGUACUUUUCCCGGAAACUAUGUCAAGAGGCUGUGAAUCACUCUCCCUCCUUGUUUAUGCUGCAUUUCAGCAACGCAUCUUCAUACGCUCGCCUGACACAUGCCGAAGGCCUCCCGUUGUCAUGCCUUAUGGUUUCCAACACACCGUCACCAUCGUCACCUGCCACCAAACCACCAGCAGAGUACCCGCCGCCGCAGGCCUGGGGGAGACACGCACGUUGAUCGGCCUCCACGUGAAAGCGCGCAGGGCUGCUCUCUGCUCCAGACUUUGAAAAGUCAAAAUGUGGGAUCAGAAAAAAAAAAAAAAUCACUAUACUUAGAUUAAAAUAUUUAAGGAUUUGAAGCAAAACAACAACAAAAGAGGCUCUCCAAUCUCAUGAUCAUAUUUCACCAUCUCUGGAAGAUGUUCUCCCCUCAGGCAACCAGAAGAUUGCGUAUAAAGAAAUGCUGUGGUUUGCAUUUUCACAUUCUUAGCUUGGCAGUGUAUUUUCCUUUCACAAGUUUGCCUAGUGUCCUGGUUUACACGAUAUGACAACUGUACUUCAGCUAUUGUUUGCCUGCACUUAUAUGUUGUAAUAUGCACAGUGAUUACAACCUCUAAAGCAAGAGUAGGAAAAUUCAUUUGGAUGAGUGUGAUUUUGUUGAUUGAAUGUGAGUUUUCAAAUAGAAGUCUUUUCCUGCAAUUUUUUUUGUACUUUUUAGAACUGCAAACAGUCAGUGAAUAAAAAGCCUUUGGUAAUAAUCAUGAGCAUACAAGAGGUUCAGCUAGACUACAGGGGGGAAAAAAAGCUAUUGUGUUGUAAAGUUGCAUUGCCAUUUUAUAUUAAAAUGUAAUAAUUAGCAUCAUGAACAAUGAACUCUUAGUGUUUUAUUUAUCUGAUAAAAUUUAAGUAAAAGCAGUGUUAGUGAGAGGUGCAAAGAAUUAUUCUAACAUAGACACUUGAAAGUAUCAGUAAGCAAUACUAGUAGGUAAGAUUUCACUGUGUGUACACAUACACAUUUGAGAUUGUAUGAAAACAUAUAAUCCAUACAAUAUGUUGUACAUUUUAUGGAAAUGUAAAAGAGUCCUGCACAUUAUUUUAUAGAAAUAGAGUACAGAAACAUCACAGGUAUUAAGGUUGGCUUUAGCAAGGAUUAUGAUCAAUACAAUUAUUUUUACUAUGAUAAUUAUUUUUCUUCUAUGGAACUCAGAAUCCUGGCUACAUUUGAAGACAGGAAUAUGUUGAGCCUGAUUUUCCUGGUGUGUGUAAAAUAUUUCCUAGGAAUAAAUUAGGCACUUUUUAGAGACAAUGUUAAAUCAUUCAGGUUAUAUUUUCUGCCCUGAAGCAGAAAUUUGCAAAAUGAUAUUGAGAUCUGAAAGAUUUAGUAUGGUAAACAGUGCCUGAAUUACACAUACUCCGAGAACUAGCUUUGUAUUUCUUAUGACUUUGCAUAAGAACUAUUCAUCUUUGGAUCUUGAGCACCUUAUAGACAAAACUUUUUAUGGCAUUUCUUCCGUGGACAGUGAUUGAUCUUUUCACAAUGUACGUAGAGGUAGAAUUUUGUACAUAUGUUUUCUCCUUUUUUGUACAGACUAUUCAGUUGUUGAGAAAACAGGGGAAUUUCCUAAUUUGGUCUUUAUCCUGCACUUAAACUAAGCUCAAAAACACUUUCGGCAGAUUAUCCUUUGCGUAUCUCACAGAUCACAAGCACCUCUUGACGGUGCGAUUCUGUCAGAUAGCAUUUAUGCAAAAGUUUAUGAAUUUAAGAGAUCUUAGAAGCCAAACUGAAAUGUACAUACAUACUGAUUACAGAGGAAUUUCAUUAGGAAGAAGGUAAAGAAACAUCUUUGAGUAGCCUGCCUUGAUCACUGUCAAGUUCACAACCAGCUUUGUAUUUUAAAGGCUUUGGGUUUGAAAUUAAGUCAACUGCAUGCAGCUUUGCCGAUAUAUGAAUAAUUCUCUCUGAUGCCAUUUAUGAGAAAAGACUUCAAUAUCUGUUGCCUGUCAUAUUUAAGAAAAAUUACUGUUUCUACUCUCUGUAUCUGAUUUUAAAAGGAAAAAUAUUCAUACCUGGCUUUCAGGUGAUUGACUUUGAAUCCUUACAAGCAAAGGUCAUUGUGUUUUUCUUGAAUAGACAUCUAAUAAAUUUUGCUUGGAAGUAUA